GGAACUGUCGCGGCCCUGGACAGCUGCAAGAAUGGCGCGAGAUGCUUCUUGCACUUCAACAUAGACCCGCUGCUUGAGUGAAUACGCACACAAGGCUUCCGAGAAUGGCGGACGUCGGAGACGAGGGCGCGGGCGAGGCGGCGACGAAGCAGGUGUUUAGCAGCUAUGAGUGCCGCACCAUCACGGACCGCGGCCUGCCGCACCCGGGAGACGUGGCGGAGGCGGCCUCGCUGGCCGCCGUGCCGCUGCCUCGCAGCAGCUACCCGCUGUGGGACUCGCUGCCUGCCGAGGUGGUGGCGGGCGGCAAGCUGUCGCGGCUGCAGCUGGAGGGGGUGCUGUACGCCUGCACCAAGCACUGCGAGAUGCUGCCCAGCGGGGAGCGCGCUGGCUUCUUCAUCGGCGACGGCGCGGGUGUGGGCAAGGGCCGCCAGAUCUCGGGGGUCAUACUGGACAACUUCGCGCGCGGCCGCAGGCGCGCCCUGUGGCUGUCCACCUCCAGUGACCUGCACGCCGACGCCACACGCGAUCUGAGAGACCUGGGCUCCCACAUAAACGUCAUUAACAACGUGGCGGCGCUGGACAAGGAGAGCAAGGCGCUGGGGCUGAGCCGCGAGUUCCAGGAGGGGGUGCUGUUCAUGACCUACUCCACCCUCAUCUCCCAGGUCAAGGGCCGCAGCCGGCUGCAGCAGGUCAUCGACUGGCUCGUGGCGGGCGCCGGCACCAACAUGACUGCGGCCGCCGCCAGCACUGCCGGCGGCCCCGCGGCGGAGGCGGAGGCGGGGGCGGCAGGAGCAGGAGGAGGAGGAGCAGGAGCGGGAGGCGGCGGCGGCGCCAUGAGCGCGGCUCAGGCGGCGUGGGACGGACUGAUCGUACUGGACGAGUGCCACAAGGCCAAGAACUUCGUGCCCGGCAAGGAGGCCGCCUCCACCAAGGUCUCCGCCGCCGUCAUAGCGCUGCAGGAGCGGCUGCCCAAGGCGCGGGUGCUCUACUGCUCCGCAACCGGCGUCAGCGAGGUGGGCAACAUGGCCUACAUGACGCGCAUGGGUCUGUGGGGACCCGGCACCGCCUUCGACAGCUUCCCCACCUUCCUGGACAGCAUGCGGCGUCGUGGCGUGUCGUUCCUGGAACUGUUGGCCAUGGAGAUGAAGGCGGAGGGCAAAUACGUGGCGCGGGGGCUCAGCUUCAGGGAGGCUGAGUUCAUGGAGGUGGAGACGCCGCUGACGGAGGACCAGAUCCGCAUGUACGACAACGCCGUACGGGUGUGGCAGCGGCUGCGGCUGCAGCUGGAGUCGGCUCUGGUGGUGACGGGCCAUGGCCGGGAGGUGAUGAAGGGCUUCUGGUCCACACAACAGCGCUUCUUCAAACUGCUGUGCGUCAGCCUCAAGGUGCCCACGGUGGUUGCGGAGGCGCGGGCGGCGCUGGAGGCCGGCGACUGCGUUGUCAUUGGGCUGCAGACAACGGGCGAGGCCGCGGCGGACGCGUGCGGACUGGAGGCGGGCCAGGCGGUGGCGGGCUGGGUCAGCCCCACCAAGGAAAUGCUGCUGCGCUUCAUUGGCCAGAACUUCCCGGUCACCAAAGCCAAGCCCAAGGACGGCGAGGGCGGCGGCGGCCCGCCGGGGGGCAUGGACGAGGCGCAAUACGCGGCACUGGCGGCGGCGGGCGGCGGGGCGUACGGCUACGAGGCGUUUGACGCGCUAGUGCCGCCGCCCCAGUCCCACAGCCCCGCUGCGGCAGCAGUGGGCAGGGGCGCCGCCGCCGGCAAGGGCAAGGCUGGCGCCGGUGGCGCCGCCGGCGGCGUUGGCGUUGGCGGCGGUGGCGGUGGUGGCAAGGGAGAGGAUGCGGCGGCUGAGCCGGAGCUGCCCGAGUGUGUGUCCAUGCGUGAGGAGCUGCUGCAGGCGGUGUCUGGGCUGCAGCUGCCGCCCAACUUCCUGGAUCUCAUCAUCGACGAGCUGGGCGGCCCGGGGCAGGUGGCGGAGAUGACGGGGCGCAAGGGCCGCAUUGUGCGGGUGCAGCCGUCGGGCGGCGGCGGCGGCGGCGGGGGUGGCGGGGGCGGGGGGCGGCAGCGGUUUGUGUACGAGCUGCGUGCCAAACCCGACAGCAACGACAUGGACUCCCUCAACAUCACUGAGAAGGACGCCUUCCUGCGCGGCUCCAAGCGGGUGGCGGUCAUCAGCGACGCCGCCUCCACCGGCAUCAGCCUGCACGCCUCCCGCACAGCCAGGAACCAGCGCCGGCGCCGCCACCUGACCAUUGAGCUGCCCUGGUCUGCCGACAAGGCCAUUCAGCAGCUGGGCCGCAGCCACCGCUCCAACCAGGCGUCGGCGCCCGUGUACAAGCUCAUCUCCACGCGUAUCGGCGGCGAGAAGCGCUUCGCGGCGGCUGUGGCGCGGCGGCUGCAGAGCCUGGGCGCGCUGACCCGCGGCGACCGGCGCGCCGCCAGCGGCGUGGACCUGAGCGAACAGAACUUCGACAGCCCCAUCGGCCGCAAGUCGCUCCGGCGUCUGUACGACCACAUCGUGCUGGCCUCCCCCGCACUGCCGCCGGGCGUGUCGCUGGCGGACGUGUUCAAGGAGCACCCCAUGCUGGCGGGGAUCAUCAACCACGGCGGCACGCCGCGCACCCACAAGCCCCCCAGCGGCAGCCGCGCCGCCAUUGCCGCCGCCGGCCGCGGCCGCAGGGCCUCUGCCGCCACCCCGGGUUCGAAUCCCGGCCAGGGCGACGAUUAUUACAAUUCCGCGCUGCCCUUUGACUUUGACGACCCGGCGGUUGUGGCGCAGCACGUGGCGGCGCUGCACGAGAGCUGCCGCGGCUACUGCGAGCAGAUGCAGCUGGAGCUGCCGUCGCCCAAACCGGGGGCGCUGGCGUCGGCGGGCGGCGGCGCGGGGCGGGAGGAGGAGGCGGCCGGCGGCGGCGGUGGCGGCAAGGACGGCGGCGGCGGCGACGUGCGGCGCUUCCUGAACCGGCUGCUGGGUCUGCGGGUGGAGGAGCAGGCGCUGAUGUUCGCCUACUACGCCGCCGUAUUGGGGGCAGAGAUACAGAAGGCCCGGGCGGAGGGCAAGUACAGCGAGGGCCUGGCUGACGUGGCGGGCACACACAUCCAGCUGCAGUCGUCCAUGACUCUGUGGCGCGACCCGCUCAGCGGCCUGACCACCACCAACACCGCAUUCAGCGUGGAUCGCGGACUCAGCUGGGAGGCCGCCAGACGGCGCCUGGAUCGCGAGCGGGUUCCCGGCGACUCGUCCGGCUUCCGCAUGAGCCGUCGGCCCCUGGGUGCGGGCGGCGGCAGCCACCUGGUGCUUCUGGCGCUGCAGCAGCCCGGCAGCAGGAACACCUUCAGCAUCGCGCGACCCAACACAGGCGCAAGCUAUUUCGACAUGGACCGUGCCGACCUUGACGCCAAGUACCUGCCGCCGCCGGAGCCUGGCAGCCCGGGGGAGGAGGCGCUGGAGGCGGUGUGGCGGGCGGCGUGGCGGGCGGCCCUGGACACAUGCAUGCACGGACCCGCCUGCAGGGCGGGGCCGCAGUGCGGGGUGGGCCGGCGCAUCACCACUGUCAAUGUGCUGUGCGGCAGUGUGGUGCGGCUGUGGGGCGUGCUGGAGGCGGUGCUGGCGCGGAGGGAGGACGAGCUGCCCAAGAUGGAGCGCAGCCUGAGGGUGGUGCGGGUGGAGUGGCAGGAGGGCGGCGGCGAAGACGACACCGCGGCGGCGGCGGCGGCGGCGGCGGCGGCGGCGGCUGGUGGUGGUGGUGGUGGUGGCUCCGCUCCCAGCUCGCCGCAGAUGACCCUGAGUGGCGACUCCAUGGUAGUGACCUCGGCCGGUGGCGGCACUGGUGGCGGGAAGGAGGAGGAGGAGGAUGGCGGUGCUGGGCAGGUGCUGUCAACAAAUGAGGCGGGGACAAGAGUCAAGGGACAGGAGCGGGGCCGGAGGGCGUCCGACGAGGGAGUAGCAGCAGGAGCAGGAGCAGGAGCAGCAGGUGCAGGUGCAGGAGCAGCAGGUGCAGGUGCAGGUGCAGGAGCAGCAGCGGCAGGAGGAGCAGCAGCAGCAGGGCCAGGAGUAGCAGGUGGUGGUGGUGGCGGCGGCGGCGGGGCGCCCCAGCAGCACCUGGUGGGAGUGCGCUACCCGGUGGCACUACUGGAUGAGGUGAUCGCCACCCUCACCAGCAAUGCCCAGCAGAGCACACUUACGCGGCUGCCCAACGGCCAGAUAGGGCUGCGGCCGCCGGCGGGGGCAGCGGCGGGAGCCAGCGGCGGCGGCGGCGGUGGUGGGCUGGUGGCGGAGUCGCCCACCCCCAUCGACAAGAAGGCCCUGGCAGCUGCCUACCGGCCGCCCAACAACCUGUUCAACUACUUUCAAAAGCCCGCCGGCGGCGCCGAGGCGUGCGCGUCCGCCGCCGCCGCAGCUGCUACUGCCACGGUCAAACCCGAACCCGGCAGUAUCAUGGGCUACAUGGGCGGCGGCGGCGGCGGCGGCGGCCGCGGGCCGUUGGUGCUACAGCUGCCGCUGGGGCCGCGCGCGCCGGUGCCCACGGUUCGCGAGCAGCCGUCGGCUGUAGCACCGGCGGCGGCAGUAGCAGUGAAGGCGGAGCUACAGCCGCUGCAGCCGCGGCAGCAGCACGGGCAUAACCGCGAUGCGCCGCCGGCAAAGAAACAGCGGCUGGCGGCUGGAGCCGGCGCCGUAACCGUAGGGGGCGGCGGCGGCGGCGGCACGGGCGGGAAGAGUACCAAGGCGCAGCAAGCCAACCCCGCGGCGGUGGCGGCAGCAGCAGCGGCGGCUGCGGCGGCGGCUGCGGCUGUGGCGUCCACAGGUGGCGGCAUCAUGGCGGCGUUUGCACGGGCGGCGGCGGCGGCGCCAAAACCGGCGGCGGCGCCAAAACCGGCGGCGGCGGCGGCGGCUGGCGCGACGCCGACGGGCGCAGCGAAGGCGGCAGGGGCUGUGAAGGCGGAGCCGGGCGGCGGAGCGGCAGGCGGUCGUGGCGGCUUGGGGACCGCGAGGCCGCAGGUGCAGCAGCAGCAGCAUAAGCAGCAGCAGCAGCAGCAACAUAAGCAGCAGCAGCGGCAGGUGGCGCCGUUAUGUACCGCGCCCGCUUCCAAGGCGGCUGCUACAGCUGCCACCGCUGCCGCCGGCGGGCCGCCGGGCAGCGCGCGCCCCUGCGCCACCAGCGCUGUGAGUGUUGUCAGCGUCAUCUCCAUCGACUGCUCUGAUGGCGCUGUCACCGCCACCCCGGCAGUGGGCGCGGGUGGCGCCGCGUCUAGGCGGCCCGUGACAGGCGGCGCCGGCGCAUCCUCGCGGCCUGUGGCGGCGGCAGCGGCAGCGGCGGCGGUGCGGGCGCCUGGAAGGCAGGGGGCGGAGGACUCUGUGAUGCUUCUCAGUAGCGAUGACGAAGAGGCGGAGGCGGAGGCGGAGGCGGAGGCGGAGGCGGAGGCGGAGGCGGAGGCGGAGGCGGAGGCGGAGGCGGCGGUGCCAGGGAAAGACACGGUGACGAGGGGCGGUGCGUCAGGAGGCGGCAGCGAGGGCGGGGGUUCCGGGGCGCAGUGGCAGCUGCCGCUGCCUCCCCGCCGGAACCCGCAGCGGCGGGCACAGCCGCAGGGCCAGCCGCCGGCGGCCAUGGAAGUUGGGGAGGAGAUGGGAGAGGAGGAGGAGGUGGGGGAGGUGGAGGACCUCACGCAGCAGCCCGAGCCCACCGCCUCCAAUGAGGGCGUCAACCUGGAGGGGGAGGAGCAGGAGGAGCAGGGGGAGGAGGAGGAGGAGCAGGUGGGGGGGAAAGAGGCGGCGGAAGACGAGGAGGAGGGCAUGGAGGAGGUGGCGGAGGAGGAAGAGGGUGAUGACGACGACGACGAUGCUGAUUUUGAUUUCGUGGUGGAAGAGGAGGAGGAAGAGGCGGUGACUCGGGCAAGGAGAGGCGCAACGGGAGGAGGAGGAGGAGGAGGAGGCGCGGGCACCGCACGCGGCGGCUCCGCCGCCGCUAGCAGCAGGCGCGGUGGCGUCGUACAGCUCAAGGCUGGCGCGGCGGCCGGCGGCGUCGCCAAACGCAAAUCUGGUGGCGGCGGCGGCGGAGGCCGCGGAGGCGGCGGCAAAAGCGGAGGCGGUGUGAGUGCGGCUGCCAAGGCGGCGACUGUGGCUCGGCUGAAGGGCAUGGGCUUCAGCGCGGCGCAGGCGGAGCGGGCGCUGUGGAUGGCGCGUGGCGACUGCGAGCGGGCGGUGGAGCUGUGCCUGGAGGGCAUGUGCUGAGUGUUCUCGUGUGUGUGGGGGGGGGGAGGGGCGGGGUUGAUGUGUGUGUUUAAAAAACAACAAAAUGAAGCCCGCCCAGACGGCGUCGGAGUUACUUACGGGGGGGCGAUGUGUGUGUGUGUGUGUGUGUGUGUGUGUGUGUGUGUGGAUGGAGGCGGGGAUUGUAGGUGUGGUUGGGAACAGGCUGAGAGGUGCGGCUUUCAGGGCACAGGCGUGAGCUAGCAGGGUGGAGCGGAAGAGUGCACACAGAAGCGUUGGAACUUGGAAGGCAGGUAGCAAGCAGGUUGAUAAGGUAGUGCUGUUGGGGAGCAACGCUAUGCAGGCUUGAGACGUAGGAUUGAGGGGCCAGGCUUGAACAUGUGCCACUUUCGCGAUGGUUUGGGGGUCGGGGGCCGGGAACUUGUACUGUUUGCACACGAACCUUGAGCGCGCUUCUGGCCAACAGGUGUGUUGGUUCAUGAUCAUAAUUCACAUGUUCAUGAAUCCCUGCGAGACAUUCUGAAGGGCAUUUGUAAUAUCGCAGGCCG